AUGUCUGCACCACCACCUUUGAAACCAAUGACGUCAGCGAACCGAUUGACAGUCAAGACAAGAAGUAGGCGGACAUCAUCCGUUGGCAAGAUCGACCUUGGUGACACUGUACCCGGUAUCGGGACCAUGAGUGAAACCAGAGAGUCAAGAGAUGAUUCCAACAAGCGUAUGAAGGCUUUAGCGGAGGCAAAGGAAAAUGAUAUGGCGCUCUUACAAAAAUUCUGGCUUACCUAUAGAGAAUUGAGCUAUCGUCAUGCCUGGUUGACACCCCUCAUGAUCAUGGCCAUUGUUUACACGGCAUACUUCACUUCAGGUAACAGGACAGAAAAGAAUCCUUUGCAUAUGUUCGUGGCCGUUUCUUAUAGAAUUCGUGAUACUGACAUGUACGGUAAAGGUAUCAAGGAUCUCUGUUUCGUUUUCUUUUACAUGAUCUUUUUCACGUUCCUGCGUGAAUUCCUCAUGGAAUGUGUCAUUCGUCCAAUAACCAUUGCGCUUGGCGUCACCUCUCACCAUAAAGUCAAGAGAAUGAUGGAACAGGUCUAUGCAAUUAUCUAUUAUGGGUUUUCAGGUCCCGCAGGACUUUACAUCAUGUAUCAUUCGGAUUUGUGGCUUUUCAAGACCGCUCCGAUGUACAGAACUUAUCCAGAUCUAUUAAAUCAUUACCACUUCAAAGUCUUUUAUUUGGCGCAGGCAGCGUUUUGGGCUCAACAGGCUUGUGUUCUCGUUCUGCAACUGGAGAAACCAAGAAAAGAUUACAAAGAACUAGUUUUUCAUCACAUCAUUACUUUGUUAUUGAUUUGGUCCUCUUACGUUUUCCAUUUCACAAAAAUUGGUUUAGAAAUCUAUAUUACCAUGGACGUUUCUGAUUUCUUUUUGUCUUUGUCAAAGACUUGCAACUAUUUGGAUUCUGCUUUAACAGCGCCGGUCUUCAUGACUUUUGUUGCUAGUUGGGUUUAUUUGCGUCACUACGUCAACCUUAGAAUCCUUUGGUCAGUUCUGACUGAGUUCCGUACUGAAGGCAAUUAUGUUUUAAAUUUUGCCACACAGCAAUACAAAUGUUGGAUUUCGCUGCCAAUCGUUUUUGUCUUGAUCGCAGCUCUGCAAUUGGUUAAUCUAUAUUGGCUUGGAUGCAUCGGAAGGAUUCUAUACAGAUUACUAUGGAAAGGAAUUCAGAAGGAUGAAAGAAGUGAUAGUGAAUCGGAUGAUGAAGAAGAAGUUGACAACGAGCAAAAGAACAGCAAACCAAUCACUGAGACUGACAACAUCAACAUACAAGAUAUACCAAGGGAUGUAAAGCACGAGAAGGCACACUGA